CGUUCGCUCGCCCGCUCGCCCGCUCGCCUAGUAGAAGCGAGUCACCGUCGCGUCAGUCGUCUACGCGGUUCCGCGGUGUCGCGGUGCCCGAUGGUAUCAUCCCGCGAAUAAGUAGUGCCUGCCUGCCUCGAUCCUCGCGAUUUCUCGCCUCCCGCGGACGCGCGAACAUCCGGUCGACCGCUACCAAAAUGGCCGCGCGCUGAGAAAACUCCCCCGGGUUUCCUAGUGCGAUCUGAAAUCCUUUUCAGACGGUGCUUGUUCCCACGAGGGUUUAUUCUUUCUUGGCGAUGACGUCGGCACAGAAACGCCUUGGAUAGGAUCCUUCAAUCGCGCAGGUAGAAAGGAAGAGAAAAAAAGGAAGAAGCGGAGAACGAAGAGAAACCGAAAGUCAGAGCCAGAUCGGCCUCACCGAAGUGAGCAGGAGCGACUGGACUUGCUCAUGCCGGGCAGGGCGGAAGGACUCAGAAGCAGCAAUAGCAGUAGUAGGCGGAUCUCAGGAGUGUGCGAGCAAAAAUCACUAAUAGAAGACACGGAAACGUGAAGGGCGUGUCAUUUUUUGCCAGAGACUAUUUUCCCUCGUGAAAACAAGCUUUCACGGAAAGAUGUCGCUAAGAACGGAACGCUCGACGCUCCUCGCGUCGUUCCUGAUGACGCUGCUGAUGACAUUAAUAACGAUGACGUUUUGGCGAAUUACUCACGCUCACGUGGCUCUGACAUUCCCGCCAGCCAGGCACUACGAUCUGGACUUCCUGGAUAAUGCCAGAACGCCGGCACCGUGCGGCAUGCCGCGUGGCCACGUCAAGACAUCAUUACUGGCAGGAAGCAAGUUUAAUGUCACGUGGCACCUCGCCUAUCCGCACAGGGGAGGAUUUCGUCUUCAGAUCUUAGACUUUUAUGACAGACCUCUGAUCGACUUGACGCCCAUCACAAAAAACAGCGAGUUUGUCGAGGGCGAUGCCACGGCGCAGAGGUAUCCAGUGCAGCUGCCGCAAGAUUUCACCUGCACGGACUGCACCAUCAGGUUGCUACGGGAGGCCGAGGAAUGGGGCUCCAGCUACAGAUUUUGGUCGUGCGCUGACAUCGAUAUUCGCGAUAGGGUGAAUUACAAAGAGAGCUGUAGCGGUCAUGGGCGUCCCUUGGUAGGCAAGUGCAGGUGCGACCGUCUCUACCACGGCCCGAGGUGCGAAAUUAAGGAGGAGUGCAUGGACGACAUGGACUGCGGUAUUCAGAGCACGUGCGUCGACCAUGGUGGCACGACCGUGCCUACCAAGCAGUGCUACUGUAGCGCCGGAUGGUUCGGUCCGGGUUGCGCGAAGAGAUCACCGGUGAGAAGCAUCGACGUAAACUUGGAUGUAUAUUCGAUGAAGCGAUUCUCCGACGACAUCAUAUUCUACUGGCGGAUAUUGAAGGAGAGCAAGGAACUGGAAGGCAUUCUUGUAGCCAACUCCACAACGUGGAUUGGUAUCGGAUGGAGACCUAGCGAUCUCGGUCCAAAUUGCCGAUCUUUCCCUACGAUUAAGGAUUUGUUCCCUGAACCACUUCCGCAGCCGGAGCCGAAAUCAGAACCCGUCGACAAAUCGACGCCCAAACCGGAACCAGAACCUAAACCGGAACCGGAACCCGGCGUAGAAGGCGAGAAAUCGAUAGCGAAGAGACGAUCGGCGAAGGCAGAUGCUGCGAGUUUUGGAGUAACAUCACCACCGGAUGUUGAUGUUACUGUACAAACCAGCGUGACCUAUCAAGUUAGCACAAAACAAGGUCGCAAAAGGAGAUCUCCAAAAUCAUCCGCAGCCUCUGCGCUUGGGAAACAGGUCGGCGAGUCCGGCGAUGUUAUCAAGCAGGAAACCACCUCUGAGCCAGAACCCACUUCUGAGCCAGAACCUACCUCUGAGCCAGAACCAAAAUCCGAGCCUGAACCCAGCUCCGAGCCAGAGCCGAAAUCCGAGCCUGAACCCAGCUCUAAGCCACAACCAAAAUCCGAGCCUGAACCUAGCUCUGAACCGGAACCAAAAUCCGAGCCUGAACCUAGCUCCGAGCCUGAACCUAGCUCCGAGCCUGAACCUAGCACCGAGCCGGAACCAAAGUCCGAACCAGAACCUAGCUCCGAGCCAGAGCCGAAAUCUGAACCAGAACCUAUCUCUGAGCCAGAACCGAAAUCUGAGCCGGAACCGAAAUCCGAACCGGAGCCAAAAUCCGAACCGGAGCCAAAAUCCGAGCCGGAGCUAAAAUCCGAACCGGAGCCAAAAUCCGAGCCAGAACCUAGUUCUGAGCCAGAACCAAAAUCCGAACCGGAGCCUAAUUCUGUGCCGGAACCAAAGUCUGAACCGGAACCCAAAUCUGAACCAGAACCCAGUUCGGAACCGGAGCCAAGUGUGGGUCCAAAGUCGGGAGCGACGAAAGCAUCGUUGCCGGCACCAGGACACAAGUACACGCCCAAGCACGACUUCAACCCCAUGGACUGCACGGACAUUAUAAUCGGUACGGCGCGAGGGACGAGUUACAGGAUCGGCGAUUAUUACACGAGGGAUAGAUCGACACCGCGCAAGGACGCGUACUGGGACGAGAAUGGGAGGGACAGCCUGACGGCCGCGUUCGGCUACGAACUGGACGGCGUCACGACGAUACUCUUCCGCAGGAAGUUGGCCACAAACGAGCCGACUGAUCACGAGAUCCGUGAUGGCAAUAUGCAGGUGAUUUGGGCAAAAGGUCAAGAGCCGGACAAAUAUGUACACCAGCCGGCUAGCGGGAUCGAAAAGGCCAAGGUCGGCGUUAAAGACUUCUACAAGGUGGACGAGCUCAAAUAUCACGGCCAUGGAAUGCAGAGAGGCGCGGUCACUAUGAAUUUCUUCGAUGAAGUUAAAAGGCCGGAAUUCGCUGGCGGUGUAGUGUCGGAAGAUGGUAUUUGCGGUGGCCAGUGGCGUUAUCCAAGAAAUUGCUCGCCGGAAAAUAACACCUGUGAAUAUGCCGUACAAUGGACAUACAAGGAUAAAACGGAUCUGAUAACAUUCGUAAUCUCCACGACAAAUACCAAUACGUGGACCGGUGUUGGAUUUUCUGAUGACAAUAACAUGUCACAAACCGAUGCCAUACUCGGCUGGGUCGAUAAGACAAACGGUCGGGCUUUCGUGAUGGACACCUGGAUCAGUGGCUACAAUGCGCCGUUGCUGGAUCCAUCGCAAGACGUAUACAAUAUCAGCGGCCGCAUCGAGAAUGGCGUAACCACUCUCCAAUUCUCGAGAAAACGCGUAACAAAAGACGUCAAGGAUUUCUCGUUUACGGAUGAUCACUGUUUGUAUAUGAUGUUCCCAGUGAAGGGAGGCAUAUUUAAUCCGAUCAAUAAGAAGAUUCGAAAACACGAUGUGAAACCGGUCAUUUCUUCAGACAGAAUAUGUAUCAAGUCUUGCGGUCAGGAAGAAAUUGAAGAUCAAACGUACCCACCGCCAAGGUUCUAUUAUGAUGUUGAAGUCAAGCUCGUCGACUUGGGUGACAAAUAUAAGAUUCCCGAAUCCGAUAGUCCCGAUUUUGAACUAAUCUCGAACAAGAUAUCGGAGAGCUUUGAACCAGUCUUCAAGAUGCUUCCGGGUUACUAUCACGUCUAUCUCAACGAGUUACGAAAAGAUAAAGAACGGGGAGUGAUUGCGCGCAUGAACUUGGUGAUCGACAGAGCCGAGAUCAAGGGUAGAUCGUUAAAAUCUGCGGAUACCGGUUUAGAAGCGGAAAAAGUGUUGCGCGAGUCAGUCAUGACCGGUCAAGUCGGUAGAUUCGGCGUCGAUCCGCAGUACUUAGUAGUAAGAACACCCAGAGUAAACGACAUACAGACGGAAGAUAAAAAUGAUCGGCCGCCCUCCGCGACGGAUUUGUUCCUGGGUGCGACGAAGUUUUAUAUCGUCGUCGGUUGUGUAGCAGCGUUGCUAGCUCUCGCUUUGCUCCAAGCCAGUUGUACUAUUUACAGGAGCUCAAGGAAACGAGCGACUAAGGAACGUUUGAUUGCCAGUAAUGCCUGGAAGGAUUACGCUUCCGGCGCGAACACAAACUUUGCGUUUGAGGCGUUCGAAACGGAAGAAAAGGCGCCGCCGCCCCCGAUUUCUAGCCUGCCGAGAACUAGGGAGAUGACCGGCAAUGGCAUGACUGGCAUGAAUGGUACCGACGCAGUCGAAGGGCCCAACAGGAUGGUCGGACCCAGAGCGACUUACAGUCUUCCACGCGCGCCCGGUGCCAGACAUUCUGCGCCUAUCCAACAUGGUUAUUAUACGCAAGAUCGCAGGGAUCAUUACGGGCGACCCAAGAGCAUGCACAAUCCAGGCAUAGCAACCCAAACGAAUCAACCAGACUUCUACUUCAUGCCCAGCCAGCGAAAGUACAGCGGCGAGGUUGUGCGCGUUUAUGUGGAUUACAGCAACCAGCCGAAAUAAUCAAGAGAAAGUUCAGAUAAAAAAUCGCGAGAAAACGAUUUACUCGCUUCACCGAAGCGAUCUGUACAUAUCCGAGUUAUAGUGACAGAGGUCGCGAAGAAAGGACUACGCAACCCCUGUGCGGUGCUAUUUUAUCCGUUUCUUUUUUUUCUCUUUUCCCGUGAUUUCUCUUCCCCGAAAAUCCAUCUGAAUCGAGUCGCUGGGUUUAAAAAACGGGGAGGGAAAUUGUCCCGUAGGAAGCAUAGAAGUGGCGCUUACGACCAAAGAAGAUAUCCAUAGGGCCUGCGCCCUGUAAUUCUGUAUAGAGCGCAUGAACUCUCGUCAAACUUUUGUGCUUUUGCGGUGGAGAAACUGUAUAAUUAUAUAAGUAAAUUUCAUGUAGUAGCCGAAAAUCUGAUAGUCCGAACUGUCCGAGGAUCUCUGGGUUCAAAAUACGAAUCUUACGAUUUAGCAGUAAGUAUUCAAAGAUUCAAGAAAAAGAUCCAAGGGCCAUAUAGCUUAACACGAAGAAAAUAAGACUUGAAAGACCCACGGAUCCAAGAAUAACAGGAUUCAAUAAUUCUAAAAUUCGAAAAUUCAAAGAUUGAUAAAAAAAACAUGUACCUAAGUUUAUCUCGCUCGAUGCGUCUGUUUAUAUCGCGUAAUAGAAUACCGACACACUCAAUGGGAUGCAUUUACAUCAUCUACUUUAAAGAGCAAGCGAGAACGCGCGUUUGAGCAAUAAAACAUUUGUACAUUUUUAAACAAAAACUGACGCAUCCUGAAUUUAAUGGAUUACCUUCUUUAAAAUCCUAUUUCCAUACUGUUUUAUUUAUGCAGCUGGUCUAUCAGUUUUCAGAGAAGCGGUCAUAACAAUAAAAAUAAACAGGCAAAAUACCUGCGAAACGGUUGCUAAUAAUCGUUAUGGAUAAAAAUUGUAAUGCCUGUGACAAUGACGACACUGUGGAUAUAGAGAAUCGUGUUGGUACGGAUUAUAAAUUAUUACAAUAGAAUGAUAAAAUUAACGAUAUAAUACUUGUAAUAAUUAUAAUAACGAUAGAUGUAGCAGCAGUAGUAACGAUGGCAAUAAUAUUACAGUAUUAAUUACAUUAAUGUCAUUAACAACGGCGUCGCGUGCAGCCAGACUUCCGGGAUAUCUUCACGAGCGAUGGAAUAUAAGGCGACGCCAAAGAUAAACUUUCUCUCCCUCUCUUUCAUUUUCUUUCCCUCUCUCUCUCCCUUUCUUCUUCUCUCUCUCUCUCUCUCUCUCUCUCGCACACACACACAUAUACACAAUCAAUCUCUCUCUCUCUCUCUUGCGAUCUCUAAAAGUACGCGAGCAUAUAUCCGGAAGUCAAUUGUGGCACGCACUGCCCGCGUUCCUAUUAUUACAUAACUAGCAUCGAGCACAUAUGUUCGGCUCUACCAUAAAGUUUUUUUUCUUCGGUCACACGUGCGAAGUUUGAGAACCAAGUUCUACGCGAAUCUAAUAUGUGGCACACCCACAAACGCGAAUACAAACGCCACUCGGGACAAUAGAGCAAUGUAUGUGACGAGUAAACGCGUGACUGAACUAUGGUGCUUGUUAGAAUGCACCUCGAAGCGUUUUGUAAGAAAUUAUACAUAAUCGCGCUCGUAUUCGUGCUCGGUGGGUACGCCAUUUUAUUUCUGCAUUGUAUCUCUGCUUUUUUUUUCAAUCUAUCGGUCUGUUUACUUGUUAGCUUGUCACUCAUACAUGCAUUAUUUCUCUCUCUCUCAUUCUCUCUUUCUCGUACACAUAUAACAUACACACAUGCACACACACACGCACACAUACCCUCCAUUCUCUGGCACGCACUCGUGUCAUCAUCGGCACUUGUACAUAACUCGACACAUCUCUUGGUUAAAGCAGUGUAGUUAAAGAAUAC